CUCCAUGCCUCCGUCUGCCGGUGUGUCUGUCUGUCUGUCCAGCAGAUGAAGUACAGCCUGCAUUACCACAUCGCCCUCAUGGUCAACUACCUGGGCCACUGUGUUUCUAUGGCAGCCCUCGUGGCUGCUUUCCUGCUUUUCCUGGCCCUGCGGAGCAUUCGCUGUCUUCGGAAUGUGAUUCACUGGAACCUCAUUAGCACCUUUAUCCUGCGGAACGUCAUGUGGUUCCUGCUGCAGCUCAUCGACCAUGAAGUGCAUGAAAACAAUGAGGUCUGGUGCCGCUGCAUCACCACCGUCUUCAACUACUUCGUGGUGACAAACUUCUUCUGGAUGUUGGUAGAGGGCUGCUACCUGCACACGGCCAUCGCCAUGACCUACUCCACCGAGCGCCUGCGCAAGUGGCUCUUCCUCUUCAUCGGCUGGUGCAUCCCCUGCCCCAUCAUCAUUGCCUGGGCCUUUGGGAAGCUCUACUAUGAGAAUGAACAGUGCUGGUUUGGGAAGGAGCCUGGCAACCUAGUGGACUACAUCUACCAGGGUCCCAUCAUCCUCGUGCUCGUGAUCAAUUUUAUAUUUCUGUUCAACAUCGUCAGGAUCCUAAUGACAAAACUACGAGCAUCCACCACGUCGGAGACAAUCCAGUACAGGAAAGCGGUGAAGGCCACCCUGGUUCUCCUGCCCCUUCUGGGUAUCACCUACAUGCUCUUCUUCGUCAACCCUGGGGAGGACGAGCUGUCGCAGAUUGUAUUCAUCUAUUUCAACUCCUUUCUGCAUUCAUUCCAGGGCUUCUUCGUGUCCGUCUUCUACUGCUUCCUAAAUGGAGAGGUGUGCUCAGCCGUGAGGAAGAGGUGGCACCGGUGGCGGGACCAUCACUCCCUCCGUGUCCCCGGGGCCCGGGCCAUGUCCAUCCCCACGUCACCCACACGGAUCAGCUUCCACAGCAUCAAGCAGACGGCCGCUGUAUGACCCUGCCUGCCACCUGCCUCGCCUGUCACUCCAGGGACAGCUUCCCCACCCUCCGCUGCCCGCUGCAGCUCUCCUUG